AUGCCUCGGCUCCUUUCCUUAUGUCUGCUGUGGCUCGGGGUACUGCUGGCUCGGUUCUCCCAUGAACUGAAUGACAGCAGUAGAGCCAGGAAACUGUGCGGCAGGCACCUGAUGGAAGAAAUAGUAAAACUCUGUGGCCGUGAUAACUGGAGCCAGUUCCAUUUGGAGGAAGAAAUCCCUUUCCCACAGCUAAUUUCCAAGCCCUUGGCGGUGGUGGAAACCUUUACCUCCCACCAGUUUGAGAGCCCCGUAACCCUGGGGAAAGGCAGAAUCACAGUGUCUACUUCUGUCUCUCAUGAAGAGGCAAAUAACACUUGGGAGAUGCAGUCACUGCCUGGGUAUCAGUAUAAAAAGGUGAACUCACCCCUUGAUAAGACAAGAGAAUUUUCCUCAUCACAUGUUGUCAACCCACGUAUUCGUGAGAGUAUAAAAUCACAGAAGAAAAGUACAAAUAAAAUUAAAACCUUGAACAAUUUGUUUUGGGGUAAUCAUCCCCAAAGAAAACGCAGAGGAUAUUCAGAAAAGUGUUGUCUUAAAGGAUGUACAAAAGAAGAACUUAGCAUUGCAUGUCUUCCAUAUGUUCAUUUCAAAAACGUAAAGCAGAAAGGAUCAUCACUUGUAACUGAGAUAUACUAA